AUGGUGAUCUGGAACAGGAAGGAUCUUGGUUUGGGUCGACAGAUUCGCGACUAUAUACUGAGCCUGUACUGUAGCAUGUCUGGCAGUCGAACGUUCUCGUGGGGGAAGGCGCGGAAGAGAUGGUCAAAGCUCACCGUUCCGCGUGAAAUCUCUUCGCCCCUUGCUCACCUUCUCUUCCUCCUCCUUCACAUCACUAUCAUCAUCCAUCGCAACAACAACACUCCACCCUCUCCACACCAUCCAUCCAACCAUGCGCCGAACCAUCGUCAACACUGGGUAUGCAUCGUAGCGCUACCCACCAUCAACUCCAAGCUCUCCCCACUGACUCUGAUACCAGUCCGCAGAACACUCUUCAUGAUCAUCGCCGCCGGAUCCUCUCCUGUCAUUCCGACGACGGCAGUGCCAAUGCCGCCGCAUUCGGUGCCUUUCCUCCGACCACGACAUGGAGAGGAUCCGGCUGCGAGAACAGCAUGGCAAGCGGCAAGUAUCUCACACUCCUCGUCAUUCAAGGUAGCACUCGCUGACACCUCACCUCCAGAGCAUGAUACGACCAGAAACGGAGCGCUGCCGCGGCGGUCACAUGCACACCGGCGAGAAGAAGCAAAAAGAAUGAGCAUGGCGGAUCAGAAAAUCAACUCGAUGGUAUGA